CCAGCAGAUAGGAGCAUUGGACCUCUUUUGGAUGAGCUCGCUGUGUGGCACAACAAAGUCGAGACUCCUAAAACACCACCGUUCAACAAAUAGGCAUUGCUCUCCAUUAAAUCAUGAAGCUCAUCUAUUAUUUACGAAAGCAAAUGCAAAACAAGUCAAUAUUCAGUAUGCCCAACAGAGAAGCAGAGGUCGGCGGGUGUCCAGCAGUGGCUGGCGUCUAUGCCGAUGCACAACUCUGCUGAGCUUCAGCUCACCGUGGGGGCCCUCAUCGUGGAGGAAAUGAGGGCGGCUGUGGAGCAACACACAAGCUUCCAAUGUUCAGCUGGGAUCUCGCACAACAAAGUGCUGGCUAAACUGGCAUGCGGUCUGAACAAACCCAAUCGACAAACAGUAUUGCCGCUGGACUCCGUGACUGAACUUUUUAGCACGCUGCCCAUCAGCAAGAUACGCAACCUGGGAGGUAAACUCGGGGUCUCAAUCACAGAAGCUCUGCAAGUGGAGCACAUGGGGGAGCUAACUCGCUUCUCUCAGGCCCAACUGGGGAAGCACUUUGGAGAGAAGACCAGUCAGUGGCUAUACGAUUUGUGUCGGGGUAUCGACUUCGAAGCGGUGAAACCCAGGCAGCUGCCAAAAUCUAUUGGCUGUAGUAAGAACUUCCCUGGGAAAACAUCACUGGCUACAAAAGAGCAGGUCCAGCACUGGCUUCAUCAGCUGGCUUUGGAGCUGGAGGAGAGGUUGACAAAAGACAGAGAAGAGAACGGUCGCAUGGCAAAACAGUUAACAGUCGGCGUCCGGCAGCUGGGCGACAAGCGACCGAGCAGUUUCUCCCGCUGUUGCGCUUUAGUGCGCUAUGACGCCGCCAAGUUGUCCAGCGACAGCUUUGCCAUCAUAAAGAGCCUCAACACAGCAGGAAACCAGCAGGCGGCAUGGACUCCGCCUCUCACGCUGCUGCACCUCUCCGCCAGCAAAUUCUCCGACGCCCCUUCAGCAUCAGCGGGGGGCAUCGCAGGCUUCCUGAGUGCUGACGUUGCUUCCACUCAAAUUUUGGUCUCCGCUAGCCCCACCGCACGCAAAACACCCACCACCAUCCAGUCCUUCUUUCACAGGCAGCAACCGCAAACUGAGUCCUCUCCAUCUUGUUUUGUCUCUUCUCCGAGUCCUUCUAAAGACACUUCGGCAGGCCCUCGUGCCACUAUUGCCUCGUUCUUCCACAAGAAAAACACAGAAACAUUUUCAAAGCCGAGGCACAAUGGUGAAAAGCGAGAUGAUGGUGAAUCCAACUCACUGGCAACCUCCGUAGUGGACAGCGCGGAAGACAUGCUCAAGUGUGAGCGCUGCGGCCAGAAUGUGCUGGCAUGGGAGAUGCCCGAGCACAAUGACUAUCACUUCGCUUUGGACCUGCACAAAUCCUUCUCCCCUUCUGCUUCUUCGUCUUUCGUCAGAAGGGGACCUCCUGCAGGGGUGGCGUUGUCCUCUCUGGGCAAAACUAAAAGCAGAGCAUCAGGAGGUCCCCAUCCCAAAAGACAUUGCUCUCAAGGUGGAGGUGUGGGUACUUUGGAUUCUUUUUUCCAAAGAUAAUGAUCUUUACAUGUGUAAGGGACUUCUGAAAUCACAAAAACUGUGGUAACUUCACUUACAAGUGCCCCAGCUUACAUGCUGUUCAAAUUUCGAGCCGUCACUUGGUUGAUUUUUAUGUUUUUUGCUUGAUUUAAGGGACAGUUAAUUAGAAAAAUGCAAAAUGACAAGUCGCUAUAACGAACGUCAUUCACUAGGCCACACCCCAACUUGAAUACACCAGUGUGCGCAGUUACUGUAUUUCACUUCCUAUUAUUGACAUUCUCCUGUUUCUAUCCAGUAUAAUGUAGUGAUGCUUUUCAAAUGCAGUCAUUUGUGGAAGGCUGGAAAGGUUAAUGCAAUUUCAGAAGCAAAAUUGACUUCAUACCUUCACUUGGAAUUUUGGUCAUGGAAUGAAUUAAACUCUUUAAAAUGCUGUAUAAUAAAUGAGAAACUCUAGAAACUGGAUCAUUAACAAUAACCUGUCUUCAUCAUUGUGAUUUGUUCAAGAAUUAAAAGCAAUGGUGGAUCCCAACCAGCCCUGUUUUAAAUGAUUUGGUUGUAUGCUGUGGUUAGUUUACACAUUUUGUUUUUUGUUUUUUUAUUAACGUAAAGUACAUAAGUUUGCUUUGACCCAAAUAAAACCUGGGGACUGUUAUGAAAAGCAAUCCCCAAAAUG